UAUCCUAAUUUUUCAAGCAUUGAUGAUGUCAUGAUGACGUCAUUGAGUUAAGCGAUGUUAAUAUCUUGAAAUUUCAUUCCAAUGUCAAAGCUCCAAUCGUUAAUAAGAUGUAAUCAAAAUGGUUUCUUGAGAUUGAUAUUUGGUGGAAGAAAUGUCUGCAGCCACAAUGUAAGUUUCCAGCAGUUGAAUAGUUGUAAUGAUAAUAGGUUACACCGUAGUCGAUUUUCCGAAGAAUUUUCUACUAUUGCUGAAAAGCUCGAAAAGUUAUCCUCCAAAAAACCCCCGCAGUGGAUUUUGCUAGAAAAGCUCGAAAAGGCUCUGAAGGAGCACCAAUUGGAUGAAGCGUGGAAAACUUACCAAGAUUUCAAGCUCGUUUACGGUUACCCUGAACAGCUAUUUAUUUCUAAUCUGAUAACGGAGUUUUCGUAUACAACAGAUUCCAAAUACCUCCGUCGAGCUUCUGAUUUAGCUCUCUCGAUUUCGAGGGAGAAGUCGGUUUUACUGAGGCACGAUGUUAUGACGAAGCUUGUCCUUUCUUUGUCGAGGGCUCAAAUUCCUGUUCCUGCUUCGAACAUUCUCAGGAUAAUGCUCGACAAGAAUAGUUUACCUUCGUUGGAGGUUUUAAGAAUGGUGUUUCUGCAUUUGGUCAAGACGGAAACUGGGUCGUAUUUAGCGUCGAAUAUCUUGGAGGAAAUUUGUUACUGUUUUCAGAAACUAAGUGUCAAGAAAUCGUGUCAGCUGACGAAGCCCGACGUGACGAUUUUUAACCUCGUUCUUGAUUCAUGUGCGAGAUUUGGAAAUUGUUUAAAAGGUCAGCAAAUUAUGGAGCUGAUGCCGAUUACAGGAGUUGUAGCCGAUGCGGAUUCAGCUGUCAUUAUUGCUCGUGUACAUGAAAUGAAUGGCACGAGGGAUGAGUUGAAGAAAUUCAAAGACUAUAUUGAUGCAGUUCCAGUUACUUUAUCUCGUCACUAUCAGCAGUUUUACGACCGUUUGAUUUCCUUGCAUUUUAAGUUCAACGAUAUCGACAGUGUGUCUGCACUCUUACUGGAGCUGUCUGGAAAUCGCGAACCGAACCCUUCUCCGAGAGAACAAAAGGGAUAUUGCACUGUCUCGAUUGGAUCGGACAAAAUCAAAAUGGGGUUAAAACUGCAGUUUCUACCCCAGCAAAUACAGAAGGAUUUUGUCUAUAAAGUGGACGGUAAAAACGAGCUUGUCUUGUACAAGAAUGGGAAAUUUGUUCUGAGUAAUAACGGGUUGGCAAAGCUCGUUAUCGAGUACAAGAGAUGUGGGAGAAUUAGCGAUCUCUCGAAACUUCUUAUUAGCAUUCAGAGUAUGCUAAAUUCACCGCCAAAUAACAGUUCGUGUUCAGAUGUAAUCGACGCUUGUAUUUACUUGGGAUGGCUCGAAACUGCUCACGAUCUUUUAGAGGAUUUUGAAUCGGAGAAGUACAGUGUGAGGGAAAGUUCGUAUAAAUACCUUCUGACUUGUUAUUACAAGGAAAAUAUGCCGAGGGAAGCGGAAGGACUAUUAAGACAAAUCAAGAAAGUUGGGAUCGGUAUAAAUUUUUCUGAUGAUAUGAAAGAAACUGCAGUGUCGAAAUCAGAUUUAGCUAACUGUAUAAUCCAACAUAUGAGAGAAGAGGAAAAUGCAACUCCCGUUUUGGUUCACGAAUACAAUUCCUCUCUGUACUUCUUCACAAAGGCGAAAAUGAUCGAAGACGCAACACAGACGUACCGCAAACUGCAUAAGAUGAAAAUCCAGGCUAAUGCUUCGACUUUUUUCCAUAUGAUUUGUGGGUACAGUUCAUUGGGGAUGUACCGUGAAAUCACGAGCUUGUGGGGCGACAUCAAAAGGUCCAUGGUGAAUAAUCGGAAUACGGUAUAUAACAGAGAUUUGUACGAGUUGUUGCUUUUGAAUUUUAUUCGGGGAGGAUAUUUCGAGAGGGUUAUGGAGGUGAUUGGAUUCAUGAUUAAGAACGGUAUGUUCUUGGAUAAGUGGAGCUAUAAAACCGAGUUCUUGAAAUUUCACAGGGAUCUUUAUCGGACUUUAACUGAAUCUGAUGCUAAAGACGAGACUCAAAGCAAAAGGAUCGAGCAUGUUCAGGCAUUCAGGAAUUUGGUCGGGAUAAGUUGAAAAGCUGUUGGAACUUUAACAAAUGCAAUCUGAUAAAGCUUCUCUCUGUGAUUUUAUUACGUGGUCGUAUUCGUCUAAGUUAAGGGGAUUGCGUUUUCACUUGAUGCAAGUCCAUCGAGAAUGGGAGAAAAAACAUAGAGUCGACUUUUCUGAUUCCUUUGCUCAUAAUAAAGGUAAGCAUGGCUCUCAUCUUUAAUUUGUUUAUAUGCGAUACUGUACGAUAAACGGUUUAUGGGUUAAAUCGUUCGAUUUGGUGAACUUAAUCCUUAAUUUUUGAACUUUCAAUUUUGUAAAUUUUCUGAUGAAAAAUUCGAAUUUAUUUGCCAA